AGUUGCUUAAAUUGUAGUGGAUUUUGGUUAUCCCUGUUUUUUACGAGUUUAUAGCUGUCAUCUAUAAAUGACUGCAUGUUUCAUACAAUCGAGUGAAUCACUUUUUUCUUACAGUUUUGCUAGGCUGAAAUUGGUAGUGACCAGAAUUUGUAAAGAAAAAUUGUUACAAAUACCCUUAAAUACAUACUGAUUUAACUAACUUCAUCGUGUUGAGCAGUUAUAAGCACUAUUUUGUUUUAGCCUACUUUAUAAUAGUAAAUAUAGUGCAUUUUAAUUUAUUAUUGAUUUGAAAUUAAAUUUUUUUAGGGCACAAUUAUUUUUAAUCAUUUUUUAAUUUAACUUGAUUACAAGAAAAACCCCGUUAGGUUUAUUGGCGAAGAAACUCUUGAUAUAGGUUAGAUGUCUAUUUUAUACACGUUACAUGAAGUAACUUCACCGUAGCUUACUAGAUGGCGCUCAAUAACAAUCAAAAGUUUGUUCCAAGUUAGUUCUUUCACUCUACUAAUGAUUUAGAUAAUACUAAGCUUAUUUAAAUUAAUAUACAGUAGCAAGGGCAUCGUUCAAUUGUAUUUUAUAUAAUAUGAAAUAGUAAAGACGAUAACGUAAAGGUACGGGCGCCAGCCGCCAUUUUGUGUAGUCAAUAGUCGUUAAUUUAGUUGCACAGAAAUGAAAAUAUCAACUCAAUAGUGUAUGCCGUAAUACUCCAUGUAUUAGUAAAGUUUUUUAGUGCGGAAUGCGAGACUGUGCGUUAUGAAUAUUGUGAUCAUACACGUAGGUUUAUAAUUUUUAAAAUAAAAUGCCCACAGAAAAUUAAAAUACUAAAAGUAUAUUAUCGUCACUGUCAUUGCUGAAUAUUGUCCGGUGACAACUGUCAACAAAAAUGUACGUGAUAUGGCACAUGGACGGUGGACCAUGGUUAAAAAUUCGAAAUUAGAGGUUCAAGUGUGUUAUUUUUAUUUAUUUGGUCAAAAUCAAUUAUUAACUUAGGAGAUUAAUAAAGUUCUAAAAGUACUCUAAAUUAGUUCAGAAGAUUGUGUGUGUCUAUGAGAUUGUGCCUUUGGAUUGUAAGCAAGCAUGGAUCAUACAAUCAACAAUUGUAAGCAUAGUAACGAGUGUGAUAGUAACUCUGUUAUUAAAAUAAGUAAAAAUGACUUUGUUGAGCUUCGGACAGCUUAUUUGAAAUGUCAGUCUAUUUUGGAAAAGUUUGAACUAAAGUAUGGUUACUUUGAUUCAGAACACAUUGAAGAUACUUGCAGGUGUACAUUAAACAAAAAAAUAGUUUUUGAUGAUGAGGGUGAACGAAUAUCUCGGAAUGCUGUACCAGAUUUACACACCUGUAAGACACAAACAAGCUGUAAUAGUCCAGUUUAUCAAGAACAUGGCUACACAAACAUAACACUGGAAAAUGAUAUAGAUUCAUUACCAAAUGACAUUACAGAGCUUGGUGAAAUAUUAAAGGACCCAGCAAUUAAAAUAACCUUAAGAAAGAAGGUGGUUGAAAAAUUGAAGGUUUUGAGGCAAGAAAAUGGUAUGAUGUUGAGAUUUAAUAAGCAGGUUUUGUUGGAAAGUGUGAAAGCAAAUCCGGAUGAAUUAUUCACAUUUGAAGGGUCCAAUCUUACAUUAUUACCAGGGUAUCCGACAUCUUGAAGUAUGCAAAUAUUGGUGUAUUUUUUAUUCUGUGAUUGUAGAUAUAUUGAUUAAGUGAUUACAUUGAAAUAUGUAGGAUAUAUAGUGAUAGAAUUUAAGUAAUGUAAAUCUUUUACUGAACAAGUGAAUGAUUAUUGUAUUGUGCUGAAAAUAAUAUUGGUACCAAUAGGUAAUAUAACGGCUUAGGUGAUAUUUUAUGGCAAAUUAUAUAAAUAAGUUAAUACAUACAUAUUUAAAACUGUCAAAAUACCUUGUGUGAUUUACCAUGCACAUCUAUUAAGACCUUUCUAGGGUGAGCAGUAAGUUUUACUUUCUGUUAAAUAUAAGAAAAACUUUUGUAGCACUGUGAAGUAUUUUGUAACAUCCAAACAAUCGGCCAUCUGGCCUUUUGGGUCUGACCUCAUUUCUGACAAUUACACUUUUAUUUUAGCAUUAAGUUACAAUUUAAAGCUGUAGAAAUAACAAACCAAUAUAUUGCAUAAUGUAGGUGACCUUUUACAUCUCUUUUUGUACUUAAUUUAUAACUGUAUCAUAUUAUUUGGACUUGGUGCCUUUAUUAAUGUUUUACCCCCUUAUUCAUAAUGGUCCGCUAACUUUAAACAGCCGCUUAUGAGUGUUUUUUCUCAUUCUAACUUAGGUCAAUAGAAGAAGACAGAGUGAGAAUUAGCAAUGCCUUAAGUUAGCAGACUAUUAUGAAUAAGGGGGUUAGUCAAUUUCAUUUCUGAUAUUUGAAACUGGUGGAAAAGUUUCUUAAAUUAAUUUUAUGAACCUGAGUCCCUACCAUGUUUUGGACAAAGGGGAUUUAAUUACUAUGUAAUAAGAGGCCUUAGUAAAAAUUGAAAUUUAGUAUGAAACAUGCACUGAUUUGACAUAUUAAAGUUGAAAAUGGAUGUAAUUACAGUAUGGCAAAUGGUGACAAAGUAUAAUCCGGAUAAGUUUGAAAGUGAACAGUUGCCUAAAAUGUAGUGGAUUUCAGCUAUCUCCCUUUUUUGUUCAAGAUUAUAGCAGUCAUCUGUCAGUCUUUUAAUGACUACAUGUUUCAUACUAUCAAGUGAAUCGCUUUUUCUAAGAGAGUUUUGCUAGCCUGGUUUUGGAAUUAAACAAGGUACUCAUUUAAUUACUAUCUAAAGGAGUAAGGUUUGAUCCUCAUCACAGUUUUUUUAAAUUUAUCGUGUGACAAAGGGACCUUGUCCUUCCUUAAGUUAUGUUGUCAGUUAUUACAAAUAUGCUGACAAAAUAACAAAUGUUAAGAACAUUUUAUUGCAAAAACAGGAUUCAAAUUAUCUAUAAACGAACAUAUCAUGUAAAUAAUUGUUUUAAUCUUAUGUUUAUGUCUUACAAUAUUAAAAUGCUAUUAUGAAGGCUAUAUUAUAAAUAAAUAAAAUCAAUGAUUACAAAUAUUUGUGCCCUAAUUAUUCUGAAUCCAUUGUAACCAUUAAUUAUGAUGAACCUUUAGUGUUCUUGUCAAUCUAGGUUUAAUUGUUUUUUUUACUUUUUAUUCUUAAUAUGGCAUCACAAUGCAUGCUGGCUACAGAUAGGUAUUAUUAAUAAAAAUAUCAGGGUCAAUUGAUUUGAAAUAUUAUUACAUAAUAUAAGUAGUUAUUGUGAAAUUGAACAAUCAAUAAGCUCUUUUUUUAUUUUGAUUUAGAUUCUAUAGUUGUAUGUUACUCCAUGGGUGUGUUCUCAAUAAUAUAAUAUUAUCUUAAAUAAAUUAAAUUUAGUCAUAUUAUUUUGUGAAUUCCUUUUGAUUCUUGUUUAAAGUUUAAAUGGCAACUUUAAACUUAACACAUAAUGUUUUUGUUGUUGCAGUAACAUAAUCUUGUUUGCUUGAAAUAUAAAACACUUUUACUGCAAUCAUGUUUUAUUUAAGACACCCAGCAAGCAUACCUAUAAAUCUGUUUUCGAUAAAAUUGUCUUUUCAAUAUCAUGUAAUCACACAAAUAAUAUACAUACCUAUUACCUACUUUGUUGACCACAAAAUAGAUAGAUAUUUAUCAAUCAAAGGAUGCAAAUGAAAAUAGGCAACCAUUUGCAUUCUAUACCCACCAUUGGACUAAGUAUAUUGUUGUUUGCAGGUAGUUAAAUAUUCAGAAUAUGACACAGUUUCGUAUUGUUUUAUUUUUAAGCUGAAUAAUAAUGAAGGGACAUAACAUUAAGAUAUAUAUUAUUGUGUAAACUAGUGUGCAUAUUGAUUGUUAAAUAACAAACUAUAAACUAUUUUUAUUAAAUAUUUUUUGAGCUUAA